GAGCACCGCAUCACCGCACACAACAGCAUCGUCGCUCGCCCUCGCACCCUCUACCCUCCUGCCUGGCUGCCCGUCGCUGCGUCCAGCGCACUCCCGCCAUGCCGCAGGACCUGUCUUUUGCAUGAACGUCGGGAACCAGUGCAUAACCGUACUUGGCGACUCUGAGACACAGUCCCGGCGCCGCACCGCCAAAACAUCGCCAGAAUGAAUAUGUACAAACCCAUCGUGGCCGCCUCGCCGCCUGCAGAUCUGCCUGCACCCUCCAGCUCGCUCCAGCAGCCGCACACGCAUCGCCGCACCUCGUCGCGCUCGAACUCGAUCUCGUCGUCGUCAGUUGUGACGGUCAAGCGGUCCGCCUCGCUCAAGGACACGAUCCCCGAUCCGUCCAAACCCCACAAGAAGCCCACACCGCCUCCCUCGAGACGCCGCUCCAGCGUCGCCCAUGUCGCAGUAGAUGGCAUCCAGGGCAUCCGCGAGGGCAUCGGCAACCUGAACCGCUGGUCGCAGUCCACCACGAGCAGCAACAAGUCGGCCAAGGACAAGGGGCACCAGACGCAGUCGAGCUUCUCGCGCCGCCUGAGCAUCAGCAACAACUCGUCCCUGACCUCGAUCCAUGGAGCUCAAGUGCAUCCGUCCUCACCCUCACGCCUCAAUUCCUCGCCCUCACGAAAGACGACCGCCCAGUCCUCCUCCCGCUCGCCGGCUUCGAGUCCCCACCGGCGUGCCAGACCGCGCUCCCCUGCCUAUGCCCCGCCGUCAUCUGUGACAACUCUCCCCGAGAUUCCCUCGAUACCCCCCCUCCUACCCGCCACCGUCUACGACCCGAGCUCCCCGAACACUACCCCUUCGAACGAGUCACCCUCCACCGCCGGCCUUUUUACCCCGAGCACCUACGCUACAACUACUACUACCACCACCUCGACCGACUACUUCAACUCCCGCCCCCCGGCGCCAACAUCGAACAGUCAGCGUCCACCAUCGCACAACAAGGCCGACAGAAUACUUGGGAGGUCGCCCCUUGGCUCACCCCCGCUCGCCGUGCUGGAGUCGGAAGCAAGAUACAAGUCCAGCGCGCCAAGCCGCGCCUCGACAGCUGGCGCAAAGGAGUCCCUACAGAAGCCUGUGCAAACUACACAGCGUGAGAGAUCGGGGUCAAGAGAUCUGGACUCACGGUAUAGGAGUGAAAGCAACGCCAGCAGCAGGCUGGACGACAGUUACCAAGGCACCCCUCCGCGCACCCGGGAGCGGAGGGAGAAGGAUAAGAAGACAAUGCUUUCUAGGGCGCUGCAGAAGGCGAACACUGCAGUCUUGCUGGACAAUGCGCAGAAUUUCGAGGGCGCCAUGGACGCGUACGAGGACGCGUGCAAGCUCCUGCAGCAGGUCAUGAUACGAAGUUCAGGAGAAGAGGACAGGAGAAAGUUGGACGGCAUUCGAGUUACAUACACCAAUCGCAUCGAAGAGCUCCGACGACUGGCCCCUGGCUAUCAAUCUGCAUCUGGCAAAUCAUUGCCAGCGCGUCCGAUGAGCAACGAGUCUGUAGACGAAGCACAGUCGAUCUUGUUAGGUGCAGCUGACGACGAACCGGUUGUUAUUGAAACGGCGACUAUGACCCGCAUUGUCAACGAUCGGUCUGUCCACCCUGACCCGGAACCACCCCCACAGUCAUUACCCCUCCGCAUAGGUCAAUCAAGCGGCAUGCGUGAAUCUGUCAUAUCAACAGCUAUCCGUGACGUGCAGAAGGGGAUACCCAGGUCUUCACAGUUCCUUUUGCAAGCACCACCAGGUAGACUCGGAAAUGCCAUUCCUUCCCUAGGCACACCCGGACUGGAAUCCCCCAUGGACCGAAGCUAUAUGCCGCCGCCGCUUUCUCCGAGACGGCCACUAUCACCUUUACCUUCAUCCCGAAAGGAAUCAGAACCUAGCGCGCAAAACAAACUCCUCCCUCCUAUUGAAGAGCCUUUGCAGUCGAAUCACAAAAGAGGUAACAGCACGGAAUCAAUAUCAUGGCUUGAUACUAUCGAUGAAUCUGGAGGCUCUUCAUGCUCGUCUUCUGUGCAUUCUCUAUCCCCAAGAGGACUGCGGCGGAAACAUCUUCGGAACGCCAGCGGUGCAACUGAGGCCGAAUUUGACGCGGCAUUAGAUGCGGCUGUAGAGGCUGCGUACGAUGAAGGAUUUGAACCGUAUGAGGACGAGGAGAUGCCCACAUCCGCUGAGAUUAUUGCCACUAGACUUAGGAACGUGGAAUUAGCCAAGGAACGGGUACGAGAAGCGGAGCGGGAAGAGGCCAUUGCAGCGGCCAAGUAUCGCUACAAAGAGUCGCAGCUCCAAAACAAAGCCCUGCCACAUGUCCGAGAAAGCGCCGAGUUUAAUUUCCACGAUGAGGCUGAAGAGGAGGAGCGGCUGUUAGACGAAAUGACGAGGGAGUACAUGCUCGAUGGGUUCGAUUUUGAUUUGCAGACUAAAUCGUCACUGCCACGGCAAUCGGACUCGAGUGGCUUCUCUGGCAGCACUUACAACAGUUCCGUGUCGUCACACCGUACCACCGGCGGAACGUCUCUCUCCACAGUUGCGGAAGUGAUACACCAAACGAGACAAAAGGCGCCGACACACUCGCCGCCACCAGUUCCUGCCUCUUCCAACGCCCUGCAGUCGGUAUCGGAGUCCGCGGCAACUCUUCCAAUCGAUCCGUCAGAAACCACGCCCACACCCGCCACCGUUGUAAAAGAGUCUUCGACUGUUCGAAGCAGGAGACUCUCUGGACAAAACGCUAAGAACCUGAAGAUAGAGACCUCCUUGCCUCCAGUACCCCCAGCUCCACAUACCGAGAAACCUCUAGUCUCGAUAGGAAAGGACCCACUUCCAGACACAAUCCCUCUACCUAAAACUGCUGGCGCUGUAACACUUAAUAGUUCACAGGCUUCUAUUGAUCCAACCUUCAAGAUCCCAGCAUUACCACAGGUCCAACAACCGACCGGACUAACAGCCCCAUCACCACAACCUCCUAUACCAAGUCCCGCCGAUACUACCUUUACCGUGUCACCGGCUACACCCGCUCUCAGUCAUGCUAUGUCAAAUGACAGCACUCUUGUCCCAGGUUCACCCAAGAAUGGGAAGACUUCCGCGAUGGGAAUCAGGAAGAACAAGUCGUCGCUCAGUCUGAAGCAGCGAACUCUGUCAAUAUCAAGCCCAGAUGGAUCAGACGGUUCGAUUGGGACCCCUCUCAGCACCUCCUUCUCAUUCACCGGACGAAAGCAGAGCAAUCCGACAGCGCCCGUACCUACACCAAGUGUCCCCACUUUCAAUGUGGAUGGACUUCCUACCGGAGGCAUGCACCUAUUUGAAAGUGACAUACAUUCCCCUUAUUCCCCUGGCUCUCCAAGCGCUGCCAUUGCAAAUGCUCCUAUUCCACUAGAACCCUGUCCAGACUCCUACCUUCUUCGUCCGUUCUGGCUUAUGCGCUGUUUCUACCAGACUAUUGCUCAUCCUCGCGGUGGUUACCUGUCGACGAAAUUAUUCGUUCCCCGUGAUGUCUGGAGGGUAAAAGGGGUCAAGUUAAAGAAUGUCGACGACAAGAUUGCGAAUUGUGACUUGCUUAGUGCAGCAUUGCAGAGGCUGGCCACGGUCGAUACUCUUGAUGCCGACGCUGUUCUCGAGGAGAUGCAAGCACUUGAGGUCGUGCUUGACCAGGCACAGACACAGCUAGCAAAGAAGCUCGGCAACGAAGUUGGCGUCCAUGGGGUGUCAUUAUUAUUCAAAGAUGCUCACACCGUUGGUAACGGUUCCACCAAUGGCGAAAGCUCAGAGAAGGGUUCCCACGGAUCGCAGGAUCACGCACCGAAGAGUGCAGUCUCACAAAGCAAAUCAUAUCUCACAUCGUGGCGGAAACUGCGGUCGAAGAACUCGGCCGUAGGCCUCAGCAGCAUGACCGGAGCAAAGGGAGCAGGCAACGAAGUGCCAAAGGAUUCGUUAACCAUGGCGACCCUCCCUAUGACCAGCCUCCCCAAUAUCCGGUUCGCAAAGCGAGACGUAUCAAGUGUCCUGUUUGAGGGCCCGAAUUCGGGAUACAUGGCCAGCUUGGCGAGGUUGUUUGAUUCGGCCCAGAUUCUGGAUCAAAUCGCUCGCCAAGUCGAAGACCCAGGCCUCAAACACUCGUCGCCCACGCACGUCGGUCUCGAACUCUCUGCUCGACAUGCUGCAGAGUUCUUCGGUUUCUACAUCUGCCGCUUUGUGCUCACAGAUGUCACUUUGAUGCUGGACAAAUUCAUCAAAAGAGGGAGCGAAUGGGUAUUGGUAUAAUGUAGCAUAUAUAUGAUGCCACCAUGCGACAGUAUGUACGCUAGUGUUACCAAUCUGCCGCUAGCGCUGCUGCUAUGAAUAGAGGAAAAGAAGUUGUCGUAAUGUAUGAGGAUUCGAGUUGUUCGAAUCGUCACAUUCGUUGACUACAUUUUAUUACAUGCUGCUGCUGCUGCUUCACUUCUGUACUCCUGUCUUCUUCUUCUAUUUAGUACAACAAGCUUGGAGCUUUUGCAUAGCGGUACGCGGCAUACAUGUCCAGGGCGGAUUCCUUAUUCAAGGAAUUUUUACGAGUUUCACGUCUUUUCUACUUCAUUCAUGGCAUUUGGUCAGUCAGAAUUCGGCCGAUUCCCGCUUUUUACCAUUUGAGUUCACAGCGGGCGGAGAAUGCCACUCUUCUCGUUUCCUCUCUCCCUCGCCGUCACCGUCUCUGUUUUCUGUGUUUGCAAUCAAAGACUGGCUGGUUGUAUCCACAGACACGCAAAGCAUCCGAU